GACAAAGCCUAGGCAAUGCCCAGGCAAUGCCCAGAAAAUGCCCAGAAAAUGCCCAGAUAUUGCCAAUGCCAGACCUCUGGGCGCGAUGAAAAAUCCCAAUUGCUGGGCAUCAUCAAGGAAGGGGAGGGAAGGGAACGGGAAAGGGAGUUGCCUGCUGGCUGUAUGUAACUCGCCCAAGCCAAAUCCUUCACCACAGACUUCUCUUUUAAUACUCUUCUGAUCUCUUGGCCGCAAAGGGGCUUUUUCUUCGUUGGUUUAAAUUGAACGAAAAGAUCACACAACAAAGAAAAAAAACUCUUGGUUUUAUCUCGGCGCGCCGCCGCCGCUUGCUUUGCUUUGCUCUUUUGCUUUGCUUGGUACUGUACGUUCGAGUUUGACCUGUGGUGUUCAAAAGGUGGGUUGGGUUGUUGCCCACAUUUUGGCCUUUUCCUUUCACUCUUCUUCUCUUCCCUCUUUUUUCUUCUUCUCUUCUUCAUACUAGAUAUGAGGAGAGAAGAGUGGUGGUGGUGGUACUCUUUUGGUUUCUUCCUGUUCUUUUGCGCCUUCUGACCUUUCGUCUUGUUCCCGUCAUGAGAUACUUGUCGUCGGUUGCCUUUCACCCCUACAUCGAUUGAACAUUUAUUCGCAUAAGAGAUACGGUACCUACCCACCCUUUUCCCGCCGCCCACGGCCGCCGUGAACAAGAAAGGGAGGGGAAAAAAAAAAGAGGUUAUCGCUGUAACGGUUACUGUACUCAUUUAUUUUCUGCUUUUCAAUCCAUUUUCUUUUCUUUUUUUCUUGUUCGUUCUUUUUGGGCCUUUCCUUUUUCUAGUUCGUUACCGUGCUCGUACUGUUGUACUGUACGAGUACGUCCUGUGCCCGCUUGUGUGGUGUGCCCCCGUACCGUACCGGCCGGAUCUUCUGCAUUGCAUGCAUGGCGCCCAGCGAGAAUUAUAAGCGGUCGUACGAGGAGGUUCAUGGAGCGGUAGUGGAUGGGGAUUGGGGUGAUCGCAAUGCGGCGGUAGGGACAAAGACGAUGGGGAGGGGGAAGGAGUGUGCCGGAACUAGUAUGGCUUCGACUUCCACUACUGUGACAGCAGCGGGGGCGAGAACGACAACAGGAGCAGCGGACGGGGCUAGGCUGAGCGGAAAGGGGAAGGAGAAGGGGAAGAGUGAAGAUGCGGAGGGUGGCGCAGAUGCCGAAAGGGGUGAGAAUGUUGGCGGUGGUAGAGGGGGAGGGAGUUCUGAUUCCUUAGGUGAUGGAGGUGGUGGAAAUGGUCGUAGUGGUGGUGGUGGUCGGAGUGGCGGUAGUGGUGGGGUGGACGAAACGGUGACCCGAGAGGUGGCUUUUUCCCGGCCUCUCGCAAACCCGCAGCAGCAUCAGCGAAUCAACGAAAGGAGAAUACCAUCUUCAGUAACCCCUCGCGAUGGGUCUCGAGAGUAUGAUUUAGAAUCCUUGGGCGAACAUUCACGCGAAGCUUCAUCAUACGUGUGGAGAGUAUUGGUCUAUUUGCUCCUUGUGAGCCCUUUCCUCUGUCUCUUCAACACCUUAUACACGGCUCUAGCCCUCCUCCUAUCAACAUUCACCUUUCCAGUCCGAUCGUUUCUCUCGUCUAAUGCCCGAUUCUUGUCUCGCAGCACGCAUGCCAACCUUGCGUUCCUGCUGCUACUGCACCUGAGGUUCAUAUAUCCAGGCAAACCCCGGCGAUCGACCCUUCCCGUAGCAGAGGACUUUGCAGGGCAGAGGCUCGUUCUUGUGCAUGUUUUUGGCCCCUUUGUCGCGCCAUUCUUCUCUAUUGGUGCGGGGGUGUUGGUGUUGCUGUGGGUUUACACUGAAGUGCUGCUCGGUGAGAGGAAUGAUGGGGGUGGAGCCGAGUAUAGAGGCGUCAUGUUUGUCAAAGGGAAGUGGGAGGAGUAUAUACUUAAUGGGUUGAAGCCAAAGUAUAUUGAUUCUUCUUGAUGUAUGGUAUUUCUCUUCCCUUUUCUUCAAUUUUUCUUCCCACCUUUUUUUUUCCUUGUUGGCCUUUUCUAGGUUGCUUGUUUUUCUUUGUUGGAUUUCUUUUCUUUUCUUUCCCCGACCUCACCGUCUCAACCGAUCUCCCUGCACCUCUACCCCUUCUUUCUUCCUUCAUAUGUAUCUUUCCAGGUCGGCGUUUGGUCUUUUGCUUUUCAUCUCCUUCAUUUCCACCCCCUCAACAUUUUUC